AUGGGUCAACAACAACCAGAGAAACCAAUGUUGGAAAGCACCAGCAGCUCCUCCAGCCUCAACAAACAGAAUCAAGAAAUUUCUGAACUUGAAUCAAUGCCUUCUGAAAGAGAAGGUGGUGAACAUGGAAAUAUCUUAGCUCAAUAUUCCGAAAAGCAAGUUAUGCAAAUGGGUAGACAUUACGCUAGUAAACAUGAUCUUGAUGCUGACUUAUUCGCUCGUGCAGCUGCAGUAGCUCGUUCUCCAUCUGCAUUCAAUUCAAUGUCAUUCUUAAGUGCUGAAGAAAAGAAUGGUUUAUAUUUAGAAGCAACUAAGAAAUGGCAUAUUCCAAAGAAAUUAAUCGGUGUUAUUGCAUUGGGUUCCAUGGCUGCUGCCGUUCAAGGUAUGGAUGAAGCAGUUGUCAAUGGUGCUACCUUGUUUUGGCCAAAGGCAUUUGGAGUGACCGAAAUGAAGAAUGCCGAUUUAUUAGAAGGGUUAGUUAAUGGUGCUCCAUACUUAUGUUGUGCAGUUAUUGCUUGUUGGUUAUCAGAUUUUUGUAAUCGUCGUUUAGGUCGUAAAUGGACCAUUUUUUGGACUUGUGUUAUUUCUGCUUUGACUUGUAUUUGGCAAGGUUUUGUUAACAAUUGGUGGCAUUUAUUCAUUGCUAGAUUCUUUUUAGGAUUCGGUAUUGGUAUUAAGUCAGCUACUGUCCCUGCAUAUGCUGCUGAAUGUACUCCAAAGCAUAUUAGAGGUUCCUUAGUUAUGUUAUGGCAAUUCUUCACUGCUGUUGGUAUUAUGUUUGGUUAUGUUGCAUCUUUAGCUUUCUAUAGUGUCCCUGAUAGAGGAAUUGGAUCUGGUUUGAAUUGGAGAUUGAUGUUUUCUUCUGCUUGUAUUCCAGCCAUUAUUGUUUUGCUUCAAGUUCCUUUUGUUCCAGAAUCUCCUCGUUGGUUAAUGGGUAAGGAUAGACACAAGGACGCUUUUGAAUCAUUGAGACAAUUGAGACAUGAAGAAAUCGCCGCUGCUAGAGAUUGUUUCUACCAAUAUGUCUUGUUAAACGAAGAAGGUUCUUAUGAAAUCCCAGUUUGGAAGAAGUUUAUCGAAUUAUUCACAAUUAGAAGAAACAGAAAUGGUGCUCUUGGUGCUUGGGUCGUCAUGUUUAUGCAACAAUUCUGUGGUAUCAAUGUCAUUGCUUAUUAUUCCUCUUCUAUUUUCAUCAAGGCUAACUUUAGUGAAAUCAGUGCCUUAUUAGCAUCUUGGGGUUUUGGUAUGAUUAACUUCACAUUUGCAAUUCCUGCAUUCUUAACCAUUGAUAAAUUCGGAAGAAGAAGUCUUUUGUUAACUACUUUCCCAUUGAUGGCUGUCUUCUUGUUAAUUGCUGGUUUCGGGUUUUUGAUUAAGGAUCAACAAGGACAAUUGGCCAUGGUUGUCGUUGGUGUCUACUUAUUCGCAGCCGUCUAUUCUUCAGGUGAAGGUCCAGUUCCAUUUACUUAUUCAGCUGAAGCUUUCCCAUUAUAUAUCAGAGAUAUCGGUAUGAGUUUUGCUACUGCCACUUGUUGGUUCUUUAACUUUAUCCUUGCAUUCACUUGGCCAAGAUUACAAAAUGCUUUCACUCCAACUGGUGCAUUUGGAUUCUAUGCCGCUUGGAAUAUUGUUGGUUUCUUCUUAGUAUUAUGGUUCUUACCAGAAACCAAGGGAUUGACUUUGGAAGAAUUAGAUGAUGUGUUUAGUGUCCCAUGUAUGACUCAUGCUGCUUAUCAAACUAAAUCAUUCUGGAACGGAGUUCAAAGACAGAUUUUUAGAAGAGAUAUUCCAAAGUUACCACCAUUAUACGACCAUCAAAGAAUGGCCCUUACUAGUCCUGAAUGGAAUGAUAAAUCUGAAGUUAACCAUAUUGAAUAG